AUGGAUUUUGUAGAGCCAUCAGCAAUGACUGUUACAACAACCGAUUCAUCAUCAUCAUCAACAUCAUCAUCAGUUACAACCACAAAUCCGGUUGAUUUCAAGUCAAGUGUUGGAAAUGGACUGGAACACAGGCUGAAUGUCGAAGACAACAUUACUUUAAAGUGUUCGACAUCAUCAUCAACUAACCCCACUACUACUACCACCACAACAACUACAAACAACUCUGAGACCGACUCUAAUACACAUGAGGAUCAAACCAAUGACAACAACAACAACAACACUACUGAAGAAGGUGACUCUGCACCUCCUCCUCCAAUGAAUAAUUUACAACCAGAAGUAGAGUAUGGAAAUGUAGAAUAUAAAUUAAAGUUGGUGAAUCCAACCGAGGAACGACUGGAACACUUGGUAUCGCAAUUAAAGUGGCGUAUGGGUGAGAUGGGUGAAGCCAUCUACGACAUUGGUGUAGAGGACGAUGGCACUGCAACUGGAUUGUCCGACGAAGAUAUCACUGCAUCCAUGGAGACUCUCAAGAAAAUGGCUUCACGACUAAACUCCGACCUCACCGUCAUCCGAGAGAGAACAGGCUCCAAAGGAAAAGUAUUGGAAGUAUUAAUUAGAAAGUACGCAUCCGAUGAUUUCACUGAAGUAAGAGUAACUGUCGUUGGAAAUGUUGAUGCUGGAAAGUCAACAUUGUUAGGUGUUUUGACUAGAGGACAACUUGAUAAUGGAAGAGGUUUAGCAAGAAUGAAUGUAUUCCGUCAUAAACACGAAUUGGAGUCAGGAAGAACAUCUAGCAUCAGUCAGGAAGUGGUUGGAUUCGACAGUAAAGGAAAGAUUGUUAAUUACACUCACAACAAUAUUCACAAUGAAAUAGGUGAGAGAAUGUCCUCAAAGAUUAUUACUUUUAUCGAUUUAGCAGGUCAUGAGAAAUACUUGAAAACAACUCUAUUUGGAAUGACUGGACAUCAACCUGAUUAUACAAUGUUAAUGAUUGGUGCAAAUAUGGGAUGUGUUGGAAUGACAAAAGAACAUCUUGGAAUUGCAUUGGCUUUAAGAGUACCAGUCUACAUUGUCAUCACAAAGAUUGAUAAGUGCCCAGAGAAUGUUUUGAAUGAUACAAUGAAUGACAUCAAGAAGAUUUUGAAAUCACCGGGAUCACGAAAAUUGCCAGUGGUUAUUAGAAACCACGAUGAUGUGGUCGUCGCAGCAAGAAACUUUGUCUCUGAGAGAAUCGCUCCAAUCUUUUGUGUUAGCAAUGUGACUGGAGAGAAUCUAGAUCUCUUAAAGACAUUCUUGAAUCUGUUGCCAACCAAGAAGGAGUGGGACGCUGUCAUUGACAAGCCAUCGCAAUUGGAUAUCGACUCGAUUUGGCAUGUCAGUGGUGUCGGUACCGUUGUCAGUGGUACCGUAAUGAAGGGUUUGAUUACAGCGGGUGAGAAUCUGUUGUUGGGACCAGACGACCACGGUACCUUUCAGACGGUGCAGGUCAAGACUAUUCACUCGAAGCGACUCCCUGUCAAGCAGGUUCGUGCUGGUCAGACAGCUUCGAUUGCGCUAAAGAAGAUCAAGCGAUCUGCGAUUAGAAAGGGUAUGAUCUUGGCACAUCCCGCUGCCAAGCCGAUUGCAGUGAGGGAGUUUGAAGCAGAGGUCGUCAUUCUUUAUCAUUCGACGACUAUCUCUGUCAACUACGAGGCUGUUGUGCACUGCGGUGCUAGUCAACAGUGUGCAAGAAUCAUUUGGAUCGACAAGGGUAUCAUUAGAACGGGCGACAAGGCAAAAGUCCGAUUCAGAUACAUUGCAAGACCAGAGUUUCUAACGGAUGGCACCAGAUUCAUCUUUAGAGAGGGAAGAGCAAAGGGUAUUGGUAAGAUCACAUCGCUCAUUCCAUAUGUGCCCGAGAAGGAUUCACACCAGCCACAUCCAAAGUCAGUGUCAAGAGGUUCACACGCAAAAGAAACCGCCAACAAAGAUGCAACAGCCACUCACCAAAGUGGAUCGUCAACCACAACAACAACCUCUACCACAAGCAAUGGCUCCUCUGCAUCAAAGAAGAAUCACAGACGCCACAAACAAUAA